AUGUCCACCCAGCUCAGCUUUGAAAGGCACAAGCGGCAAGCUGCCGAGCAUGAGUGCAAAGUGCACGAGCUCCUGAACAAGGAACCAAGGCAUGCUUCAGGACAGGGAGCGCCAGGUGAAGCUGACAGCAAAGCCUCCACCGGCAAGGUGCGUGCAGCUUGUGGUCAGCAGCGGCUUGCAAUCCGUGAGUACAGGGAGGCAUCCCGCUUGCGCCCGCGAGACGCCGAGACCAAGGAGCGCCUUCGAUCAGCCUGCAAAGUCUUGAAGCAGCUGCAGGUGCUGGUGGAUGGCCCGAGGCAGCUUCCAAUGCGAAGGUUUCUGGCGCACUACAACCUGAGCCUUCGCUACUGGGACAUGGGUGAGGCAAUCCGACGCCCAGAAUCCUACAUCUUUCUUUCCUUGAUCCUGAGCUUGCGACCUGAUCUAUGA